AUGUCUUAUCAAGAGCAGCAGUGCAAGCAGCCCUGCCAGCCCCCUCCUGUGUGCCCACCCACAAAGUGCCCAGAGCCUUGUCCUCCUUCUCAGUGCCCAGAGCCUUGUCCUCCCCCAAAGUGCCCAGAGCCUUGUCCUCCUCCAAAGUGCCCAGAGCCUUGUCCUCCUCCGAAGUGCCCAGAGCCAUGCCAGCAGAAAUGCCCUCCUGUGCAACCUCCUUCACCCUGCCAGCAGAAGUGCCCACCCAAGAGCAAGUGA